GUGAGCGGUUUUUUAACCGUAGAAGAAGACGCAGCAGCAGAAGUUGCCACUGGAGUUUACUUCUUGAAUGACAGCAAAAGAAAGUGGGCAGCUUUCUUGAGCCUUCUGGGAACGACUUUCCUUUUUCUUUGGCUUAGAGUCGGCGUUUCGGGGGCCUCUGACCGGGAGCUUUUGGCCCGGAAAAAUGCGGGACCGAACAAAAGAAUUGGGAAACAAAGCCGAGGCUUCCGACGAGGACGAGGAGGGCAAAGCCCUGAUGCCCAAGGCUGCGUCUGCCACGGCCAAGGAUGAAAAGGAAAACGAAACCUUCCUCAGAAAGGUGCAAGAGAUCCACGAGGGGCUGCAGAGUCUGAAACGGAUGGUGUCGGAGCUGGAGAACAAGCAGAGGACCGUGCUGGGGGUGGCUCUGCCGGAGGACAGUAUGAAGAAAGAGCUCCAGACCCUUCGAGAAGAGAUCAAAACGCUGGCCAGCCACAUCCAGAAGAAGCUCAAGAGUAUCGAGAACAAGAAGGUGGAGGAGGAUGGAAAGUAUAUUCCCAUCACGGUCCGGAUGCAGCGCACUCAGCACGGCGUUUUGUCCAAGGAGUUUGUGGAGCUGAUGGGCUACUGCAACACCAUCCAGGCUCAGUACCGGGAACGCAACGUGGAGCGCAUCCAGAGGCAGCUGAAGAUCACUGGCAACAACGUGACGGACGAGGAGCUGGACAAGAUGCUGGAGAGCGGUCAGACGGACGUCUUCACCCAGAACAUCCUGAACGAUGCUAAAGCCACUAAGCAGGCUCUGAACGAGAUCGAGACCCGGCACGACGAGAUCCUCAAGCUGGAGCGCAGCAUCCGAGACCUGCACGACAUGUUCCAGUACCUGGCCAUGGAGGUGGAGGCCCAGGGGGAAAUGGUCAACAGGAUAGAGAACAACAUCAAGCAGUCGUCGGACUACGUGGAGAAGGCCAAGGAGAACGUGGGCGCCGCAGUGACCUACCAGCAGAAGGCCCGCAAGGGACACUUUAGCUCCACCUGGUGGACGCAUAAAAAGAUCUGGAUCGCCAUCUGUUUGGCCAUCCUCAUCCUCAUCCUGGUCAUCGCCGUGGUCUCGGCCUUCUCCUAGUUCCUCGCCUCCUCCCUCCUAAAACGGCGGCCCAAACCUUCCACUUUUCUUAAAGAGACGGAGCUCCACAAUCUGCAUCGUUCUGCUCCCAAACCGAGCCGCCCGGCUCCGGAGAACCGUUGCCCCGGGUAACCAAGUGACCUUAAGCGAAGCGGCGAUGCAGCAGAGGAGCGGCGCCCGGCGUGCUGCGUUCAGGACCUGCUGUUCCCCCCGUAAAGACCCCCAUCACAGAAAAAAACAGACUAACGCGAUUGUACAGAACUCACAUUUCUGAUCAUAGAUGCAGAUUUUUUUUUCGUUUUUCUUUUUUAACUUGAAAGCUGCCGACUUGUAACAAGUGUAAAUAAUUGUUCUUUUCUGAUGUGGGUCAAAACCCACAAUGCAACGCUGAGUCAGCCCAGCCACCGGAGGCACCGUUUCCCCCCAAACUGAGUAUUUAUGAGCUGACCUUUCUCCGAAUCGAGCGUGUAACGAAACCCUUUUAAACACUGUGCCUUCUCUUCCACAUCAGGCUGGAAACGAGGUUUUUCUACUCUAACGUCUCCAAAAAGGGACAAAAGCGUUUGUUAUUUUGUCGCGUUGUGGGACGCCGCGAUGCGUUUAAGCACAAUGGGACAAAACAGAGAUGGAGGAAGUCCAUCCGGUUGGUGGCGACUCAUCUGCUGUCUGAUGUUUCACCUUUGUUUUAAUGUUGGUUUUUAAAUAAAAUAGUGGUCACAUUCUGCCUCCUGUCUGUUUUGAAGAGAGCAACAAUGGACGCCAGCUUGUUU